GUCGGUUUCUCUAUGUUAUUGUGCUGCUGUCAGUGCACGAGCUGUGGGAGUUGCCAUAUCACCCAACGGUAAUAACCAGGAAAGCGAGUGAUUCAGGUUUUUUUUUCUCCUCAGACACGUGAUUACGUAAUGUGCGUACGGGAUAAUUUGUUCCACCGGUUGCAAAAAGGCAUCUGAGAAACGCCUAGUCGGUUUGGUUUGGUGCGAAGACAAGACAAGACAACACACUCACAGCAAAAACUUGGCACUUGCUUGUUUGAAGAAGGCGUCGAGCUGACACCGAGGCAAAGUUUGGAAGGUGGAGAAGGGCUAUAAGCAGAGCCAUGGCCGCAGUGCAUCACCCAGGAUACCCAUCUAGAUACUCACUCCACUGGGAUGAAACAGAGUGCCUAGACUGCUAUGGAAUGUUGUCCCUCCAUGAGGUCUUUGAAAUAGUUGGUUCUCAGCUGACAGAAAGCGACAUUGAGGUGUUGUCAUUCCUUCUGAAUGAAACUUGUUCUGCACCACACCCGCUUGAUCCGACAGGCUGGACAGUUGAGGCCGAUGCUGGCGUUCCAGAUGACUCGGGCGUCUCCCCGAGUCCUGAGCUGUUAAAGGCCUGGAGGCGGUUAAAGCCUCAGAGCUCCCAGGCUCCCUUAGUUGCCUCUUGUAAGCCCACCAGUGGCCCUGAGCUGUUUUUGGAGCUAGAGAAGCAAGGAUAUCUCAGUGAUGGCAACCUAGAGCCACUGCUGCAACUACUGAGAGUCCUUACUCGUCAUGACCUGCUGCCUUUAGUGUCACACAAGAAAAGACGGACAGUGUCUCCAGAGAGAAGUGGACGGUGUUAUGGUAUGGAAAACAUAGAGUUGGAGCAAACAUCUGGAAUGCAGUAUAGCUGCAGGCAGACAGAGAUGCCCUUUUCAUCUUUAAGACAGCAGGUUAGAACUGGUAUUUACCCUUCUGUACCUGGGCCAACUGUUAGGAGGAGGAGGAAGAAGAGGGGAAACGGCUGGAGCCGUAAGCCCAAGAAAACAAACAGACACAGCCCGCAGCUAUCUCCACCACAACCGCCACGUAAUGCUUCCUGCAAUGUCCGCCUGCGCGUCAGGGCUGAAUACCUGGAACACGAGUCGGCACUCCGUGAUGGUGUCUCCUCGGACAAGCAGCAGCCCCUGGAGCGACAGUUUGAGUUGUUCAGCCAAGCCAACACGCUGCUUCGUUCCAGAGACCUAGGUUCCAUCGUCUGCGACAUCAAGUUCACUGAGCUGGAGAACCUUGACGCCUUCUGGAGUGACUACCUGAGUGGAGCGCUUCUGGAGGCCCUGAAGGGAGUCUUCAUCACUGAUUCCUUGAGGAUGGCAGCAGGCUCGGAGGGCGUCCGCUUGCUGAUCAGUGUGGACCAGGAUGACUACGAGGAGGGCCGAAUGCUGCUUAAAGCAAAUUCUGGCAGUAGUGGGAGACUGCUGUCAUCUAGUAAUGGUGGGCGCACAGGGACUCACUGGGCUAUAUAGGCUCAUAAGACUCUUUGGACCAAAUUACAUUAACCUUGAAGCUUGGAAUAGCACAGAUUGUUGGAAGUUGUGGUCACAGGCAUAUUUCAAAGCAUUUUUAAGGCUUACUUUUGGUGUUGGAAUACUUAUAGUAGCCACUAGAUGGCAGCACGUACCAUCUGUUGUUUGUUUUCAUGAGAGGCCUUACAUUUUCAGAAUAGUCAGCUUUUAGUUAAAACAUUACCAUCAUUUGUGAAAGAAAGAUGUAUAAUAAUGGAUCAUUGUGCUUUCCUUCUGGAUUUAUGCACAGGUGCUACUUUGUAAGAUACCAGGAUGAAUCAAGAUUUUUCUUCUUAGUCUCAGUGAGGAAAGGAGCAAGCAAGCCUGUGCCACAAGAUCAUGUGGUAAGCCCCUCAUAACAUUAUCAAUAAAUAAUAGUAAUAAUAAAUAAGGUCAGUGUUGAGACUAAAUAAAUUGGCCACUGUCAAACUAAGCAUGUAUUCACCAGUCUGCCCAAUUGUAUACAUUGACAGUCGGCAUUCAGAUUCCAACAUGGCUUUCGAUUUCCUCAAAUACGAACAGAUUAUACACAACAAAUUGUGCUUUACUGCCAAACAGAUGUUUGACUUGAAGAUAACUAAUGGUGCCAAGGGGUUCAUCCUUAUUACAACUAAUUUAAAGGACAUGGAAAAGUUUCUGAUCUUUAGAAAUAUAUUAGAGAAUUGAGCACAGAUGAAAAAGUGGGCCGCUCUCAGCUCAGAUUGACCUUUGUGUGUAAGUUUGGAGAGCCUAGUCCACAUAUACACACAGAUAACAAACACUGGGAUUCUCAGCCCGGUGUACAACGAUAACUCGACUUGUGAUUGCCGUGGUCAGUGGAUACGGCAGUUGCCAGUAGAUGACAGCAGUGAUUAGGGCCAGGCCUCAGCAGACCAUGGAAGAUUCAUCAUCCCAAGCUUGUCAACAGCAACCCGGAUAAUGCAACGGUGGCUUGUGUCCGGGCUUCCAGCUAGGCCGCGGCAAGUGCCUCUCUCAGCAAGUAAAGCACAGGACAGUGCGUCGGUCAAUAGAAGUGAUGUUGGGGAGAUCAAAAUCAAAAGUGCACAUCCCAGCUCCACUCAGCCCUGCUAUGUAGGCCCAGUAGAGUGGCUCACGGACAGCUGUCUACUCACCCUGCUGGAACUAAUGCCUGGACUUCACUCAUAGAAGACGAUCAAUAAGGGCCCUCCUCUAAGUCCCUUCAUACAGGCACGACUUAAGCAGGCAGACUUGCUACUGUCUGAAGUGCAGGGCUCUGCAGGGCCAGGCAGAAGGAGAGACAAUGGACAUGUUUUUGUGUACUUUUGUGUGUCUUUGAUGAGUGAUUAAUUUAAUGCAUGAUUGUAUCAUGCAUAGGGGAAAGAAAAAUCAUUCUGGGGAACUUUUUUGUUAAAACAAAAUUUGCUUUUGUUAUGGCAGUUGUUUUUGUGAAAAUCUUUAUAUAUUAGACAUUAUUUCUGGUGAAUAAAAAAGUUGUGAGAACGAAAAGGU